UAUUUCUCUCUAUAGCUCUUCAUACAAGUUCAUCCAAUGGAAACGGAAAACCAAACCAGCAUCUCUGAGUUUCUCCUCUUGGGCUUCUCAAGUUGGCCAGGGCAGCCAGGGCUCCUCUUUGCACUCUUCCUGUGUCUCUAUUUAACAGGACUAUUUGGAAACCUACUCAUCUUGCUAGCCAUUGGCUCAAACAACCAACUACACACACCCAUGUAUUUUUUUCUUGCCAAUUUGUCCUUGGUAGACCUCUGCCUUCCUUCAGCUACAGUGCCCAAGAUGCUACUGAACAUCCAAACCCAGUCUCAGUCCAUCUCCUACCCUGGAUGCCUGGCUCAAAUGUAUUUCUGUAUAAUGUUUGCUAACAUGGACAAUUUCCUUCUCACUGUGAUGGCAUAUGACCGUUAUGUGGCCAUCUGCCAUCCUUUACACUAUUCCACCAUUAUGACCCCACGCCUAUGCACCUCCCUGGUGACUUUGUCUUGGGUCAUUGCCACUUUGAAUCCUCUCUUGCAUACCCUCAUGAUGGCCCGACUACAUUUCUGCUCUGAAAACAUAAUCCACCAUUUCUUCUGUGACAUCAAUUCUCUCCUCCCUCUCUCCUGUUCUGACACCAGUCUCAAUCAACUCAUGGUUCUGUUUGUGGUGGGGCUGAUCUUUGUGGUACCAUCAGUGUGUAUUUUAGCAUCCUAUGGUCGCAUUGUCUCGGCUGUGAUGAAAAUUACUUCCAUUCAAGGAAAACUCAAGGCAUUCUCAACUUGCGGAUCUCACCUUGCCUUGGUUAUUCUUUUUUAUGGUGCCAUCGCAGGAAUCUAUAUGAGCCCUUCAUCCAACCAUUCAACUGAAAAAGACUCAGCUGCAUCAGUAAUUUUCAUGGUUGUAGCCCCUGUAUUGAAUCCCUUCAUUUACAGCUUAAGGAACAAUGAGCUAAAGGGGACUUUUAGAAAGACUCUUGGCCAGAGCAAGAGGCUUUCCCGGUGA